ACAAUCUAGAAAAUUUGUGGUUGUUGUGUUGCAGAUUUACUAACUCAACUAAAUUUUUAUAUAUAAGUAUUAUCAAAUCAAUAAUGCCCCACGAUUAGAUAUUUAAAAAAUGGCUACAUUAGUGCAAUCUUAUGAACAGCAAUAUUCUGUGCUCACGGCAGAUAUCACUGCUAAAAUUGGCCGCUUGAAGGCAGGUCACGAAGAGAAUCGUGAUCAGCUGUCCAGAGAGAUCCAGGCUAAUUUCGAGGAAGCAAAUGACCUGCUGGAACAAUUGGAAUUGGAGUCGCGGGGCGCCGGCGCGAGCUCCCGGCUGGCCGCCUACAGAGCUGAACUGCAAAGGGUCAGAGAAGAAUAUCGCUCUGUCGUCAACAACUCUUCUUCAUAUAACAUAGAAACUGACGAGGUGUACGACGACUGGGGGGGCAGCGACCAGCGCACCAAACUCCUGGACAACACGGAACGCCUCGAGAGGACUGGCAAGAACUUAACCGAAGGCUACCGAGUUAUAUUGGAGACGGAGCAGAUUGGAGCUGCGGUGCUGCAAGAUCUUAAUAUACAGAGGGAGACUAUACAGAGGUCGAGAGGACGGCUACGUGAAACAGACGAGCAACUGAACCGGUCUUCCCGCCUCAUGAGCUCCAUGAUAGUGAGGUCCCUCCAGGACCGGCUCGUGCUCGUCAUGGUGUUCCUGCUGCUGGGUGCUAUGCUCUGUUUAGGCCUCUACUUCUACGUCACAUAGAUGGUCACAUUUAUUGGUAUUCUUAUGUUCCGCUCUGUCGUGAAAAUAAAUACAAAAUGGCGUCGAUAAGUUAAGAGGUAAACGUUAUGAGAAUCUUUAAUAACGGUCAAAGCAAUCUUUGAUUGAUUAGUUUUGAAGAUAAUUUGAUAAAACAUAACUUAGUUAAGAAGAAAAUCAGUCCAAGAUGGCCGCCCUCACAAAAUGUCGGAACACAUAUUUUGACACGACUUAUUUGUAAACGUGACAUAAUAUACUUCAAAUUCAAGGUGGGCGCUAUACUUUUAACUAUAUUGUGUCUGUUUUCCUAAUCUUUUACUUUAAUAUUGUCAAAGUUACUUAGUAAAAACAAGGAAUUGGACCAGUCUAAUCUCGUUCACAUCGAUGUCGUAAAAGGCGAUUAACGUGUUAUCACGAUAAACACUCAAGAUAUCACUAUUAUUAUGUUCUAAUUGAUAAAAAACCCAACAAUCAGUUAUUCUGAUUUUUACCAAUUACCAAUACUACGAUAAUUUAGAGAUUAUCAAAGCAAGAGUGAAUAGGCACUAUUUGAUGAUGAUGGAGGUCAAACGCACUCAAAUCUAUUAUUAUCAGAGAUCGGAAUUGGUAGAUUGAUUUUAUGUACUUGCAUCAUGAAUUACCAUAGAAAGCAUAACAUAGAUAAGCCUCUUUUCCGGGAUUCCAUUUCAGUACUUACACUUACAGUAAAUUACAUUGUCCGCGAGUAACAUAGGACUACAAUUUACGUGAACGAAGUCGGGGGAAAACAGCUACCACUAAUAUAUUCUUCAUCCCACUUGUAAAAAUUCCGGAAAAAAUGUUAAUAAUUUACAAAUCCGCAAUCCUGGACGGAGGCAUGUCCAUAUUAAUAUAUACGUUUCAGUUCAUUGACCCCAAUUCAAUCUACCUAUUCCGAUCUUUAAUUAUUAUAUAUACUUGUAUGUAUUGUACAAAGUUAUUUGUUAGGCCUGGUGUGUUCGUUACUAAGAAUUACUUAAAAACAUUCCUAAACUAAGCUGUUGAAUUUGUAUGUAUUUAAACAUGUUAAUAUUUUUAAGCGGUCAAUGUCAUCACAUUUUGCAGUAUUUAAUUAUAUUUUGCGUCCGUUCAUUAAGUACUAUACGUUUUUUUUAAAUUAAGAUUACGCUUAUAACUCAAUCAGUAUCUUGAAUGUUAAAUCAGUCUCGUAAGCACACAAUCGUACAAAUAAUACAUGCGAAA